AUGGCGAACGGCGCCGUGAUCGAGAAUCUCAGUACGCGCAAACUUCUGGGGAUUCUGUCAAUAUGCGCCUCGAUCCUCAGCGUUUUCGUCCUCAUCGGAGCUUAUUUCAGUAAGUUUAAAAGGUUUAGGCGGCAUGAGCUUAUAAAAAACAUCCUCACGGUCAUUUUUAAUCCAAUCUAUACAAGAAACUCAAAUUUUUUAGUUAGAAACAGUUGAUUUUAAUUUGUUUUACCUGAUAGUACACUAAACCAUGAGAUUUCACUAAUACUACACAAAAUCUCGUAUUUUACCUCUUAUGUUUAACCAAAUAGCAACUACAUGAUCUUCUUAACCUUUUUCUAAAUACCAAUAGCAAAGAAUGAACUUAAAAAAACUUACUUUAGCUCCAAAUCCGUCGACUUCCAUGGAAUUUCUGAUGACAAAAUGUCUGGAUCGAACUGCUGGUCGAAGUAGUGCAUGGUUUUAUGUCCGGCCAAUGGUAAGUGUCUAAAAAUAUAGUAUGUUUACUAUAUUACCAAAGACGUUGGUUAAUCAUUUCAAGUUUAUAUCGAAAAUCCGUAAAAAUAAGAUUUAUCCGACAAUUUUUUGUUUUGUCCAGAAAAUGUGUCAUUAAGAUUGACAUAAUUUUGGGGAUAAUGGCUAGAUUUAUAUUUUAUAAAUGUCAUUUUGUUCAAUCUGUGUAGUUUUAAGUUUUAUUUCGGAUAUCAAACCCAAUUUUUAGCUGUUAUCAUGACCUAUUUUUUGGAAAUUUCUUGUUCACCAAAAUUUAUAAACAAAAACCUGUAAAUAUAUAAACGUAUUUCUACAUAUUUUAGGAAUGUAACAUCAUAGAUGACCUAUCCACACACAAUUCUCUAUCUCCCGAUGUCCGCGAUAUUGUUUUUGUCGCUCAAAUGCCGCAUGCUCGAAACGGUGUAGAACUUCAAUAUUCUCCAUGGUUCCAAUUUUUGUUAGGAUUGCUGGAAGUCGAUAUAGCUUACGAUGAGGCUUAUACUGUGCCUGCUUCUGCGAAUUUUCAAUUGGAGAUUAGAAUGGGAUACAAAGAGCAUGGUGAAGAUAAGUGGAAUUCGCUGGCCGAAACCACGAUCCAAAGGAGUCUGGAGUGCACGGUGGAUCAAGAUAAGGUAGUUUUUACAUAUUCGCUUGGUUUUUAAGCCUACUUAACUAGUUUUGAAAAAAUGUUUUGAAAACAUUUUUUCAAAACGGUGUAAUAAAAUAAAAUAAGGUUGCAUGUGCAGAUAGGUCAACAACUUUUGGACCAAAAAAAUUUCUUUAUAGAAAUGAUAAGUGAAACAUUUUUUAACAUUGCCUACAUAAUUUUUUGGAUUUUACAGCGAGCAAAAGGAAAUUUGUACAACUGUUCAACAAUCGACCUCUUCGAACUAGGUGCCAAUGUUUAUCCGUCGUAUCUUCUGAACAUACGAAUCCCAGUGAAUCAAACCUUGUGUAGUAUUAAUCCUCAAGGUCCAAACUGUCGCAUUGGAUUGAUCCAAGAUCUGCGAGUGGUAGCAAUACAUCAGAACGGAGGAUUUACAUUGAUUUGGCUGUGGAUGAAGACCUUGAUAUGGCCAGUUGUUUCUGUGGCUACUUGGUGGUAUUACAACCGGUUGAAUGGGAUGAGACGGAUGCCAACCUUGAACGAAAAGUGUAUUUUAACUUUGGGUAUAUGUAUGGCUAUUUUGGACUGUAAGUUUUGAUUUUAAUAUGAUGAAAAAGGUGUUGGACGGUAUUAAAAUUUGCUAAAAUAAGGUUUUGAUUUUAUUUUGAUGGUUUUUUCAAACAAUAGGCGUUUUUAUUUAAUGUCAUAAUAUUUUAAAGAUUCUUGGAAGUUUUCUGAAGGUAUGUAAUGCAAUUAUUGUUAACAUAUUGUUUUAGUUCCGGUAGAAUGGAUAACUUUGUACUCACAGGCUUGGUAUCUGCUUUUGUUGAGUGAUAUUAGACUUGGUCUGUUCUACACGGUUUUGUUCUCAUUUUGGUUGAUUUUCACAGGAGAGAAUGUAGUAGAUCAGAAGGUUCAUACUUUGGUAAGUUGAUUUGUAUAUUUAUUUAGGCAAAAAUCGUUUAUUAUUUUACAGAGAAUAAGUUUUGCAGUAUAAAAUGUUGAUGAAAAGUUAAUUUAAAGUAAUAUAAAUUUAAUUUUAGACCUCCUACUGGCGAAACUUGACCUCAGUCUUUGUGGCAUCAACAAGUUUGUUGUUAUACGAUCUUUUCGAACGAGGACUUCAGCUCCGGAAUCCAUUUCACAGCAUUUGGGCUUCUGAAUUCGGCUCAUCAAUGGCUACAUUGACAGUAUAUUUGGCAGCGUUUUCGGCCGCUUUUUACUUUGUAUUUUUAUCAUACAAAAUGUCAAAGGCGUGGAGGGCGAUUCAGAACAAGAAGGCGGAAUUAUACCGGUUGAAGGAGUUGAAUCGACUUAAGGUUCAAGGUGUUAUCUACAGAUUCAAGUUUUUGUUCUUGUUGACAUUGGCCUGUGCUGGAUUGACGAUUUUGAGUUAUGUUGUCAAGCAUGUAGGUUUUUUAUGUUGUUUUGGGUAUUUAUAAAUAUUCUUGGAUUUUGAAUUUAAAAAAUAAAGGAGAAUUCAACUAUCCAACACUGAAUUUGACGUUGUAUAGCUGAAUCGUAUUUUACCUAAAAUAAUCUAUAGUUAUAGCUAUAAUAAAGUAAAUAGCGAUAACAAUAUAAAAAAUUACUGAAAAUGGAGAAUAUAAAGAACUAAUGAAGAUCGAAAAUGACGGCAAUCUAAAUUUUCAGUACGGUGAAGCGCAGCUUCACGGAGACGAUCACGAUGAAUCAUGGCUAAGCAGACCGGCCUCUGCCUUCUUUACUGGCACUUUUGGCAUGUGGAAUAUAUAUGUGCUGAUACUGCUGGCCAUGUACGCACCUUCACACAAAAUUUAUGCUGGAACUUCUAGUAAGUUUUUAUCUGUUUUUACUUUGCUUUACCAUUGAUUAUCACUUUUCUUUAGCUGAUAAAGAGAUUUUGAUUUGGGGGAGUUUUAAAGAUUUUAUAUAUAGGUAUAAGUAAGUAUAUUAUCAUAAAAAUAUUAUUUUUUACGAACAAUUUUUUGUGAUGAAGUGGAUAUCAAGUGUAAUAUAGAGCAAAAAGGAUGUUAUAGUAAACAUUUUUUACGAUUUUAAUUACCAAAAAUACUUUUAAGAGUACAGGAUUAGCUAAUCUUCAAUGUUUUUCUAAGUUUUUGAGAGCAAGUUUGCUAUUAAAAAAGAGUAUGUUAAGAUAAAUAUUACACUUGAUUUGGUUUUUUUAUACCUAAAGUUGGCUAAAAUUGAAUGUGUUUGCAAAUAACACAUUUAAUUAUGACUAAUGUUAGUUAUAAAACAUUGUUUGUAAUUGGAUUCCAAAAUACUUUUGAACAGUUCAACCAAAUAUGCGCACAGGAAUGAGUAAUUUGCCUAAAAUAUUAUAGUAGAUCGGACAGCUGCAGGUUCAGCUGUUUUGGUCUACUUUAAUAUUUUAGUUUUUCUGAAUUUAAAUUUAAAACAUAUUUAAUGGGAAAAACAAAGUUAAAAGUGCAAUAACAGUAAGAUUUUUUUUCUGGACCGGGCGGGGUAAUUUUACGUGAAGGCUAAAAAAAAAUUUUUUUUCUUUGUUAUUAUCUUUGUUAUCAGCCGUUUUUAAAUGAAUUUUUGUUGAGGAAAGUUUUUUUGUCAGUUAUUGAAAUACUUUCUUUCUUUACUAUGUAAACUCUUUCAGGCCUAGAAGACGAGCAAGACGAUCUCAUCGAGCCGAACGUCGACUCCACGCCCUUAACAACCUUCAUCAAGCCGAGCACGGAUUAG